AGUGGUGCUUCAUGCUCGUCUGAUUGUCGUGUUGUGAGAUGUGUAGAGCGACGUUUCGGUAAUCGUAGGGAAAAGGAAAACCCGUGUUUUAUCAAAAAAAUGUACACAACUCAAAUCUAAAGUGAUUUUCUAAGUGAGUGUUAGUUGUAAAAUUAUGUGCGUUGAUUAGUGGUAGACAUGUUUCGGUGCAUACCCAUUUUUAAAGGCUGUAACAGGCAAGUGGAAACUGUUGAUAAGAGACAUUGUUCUUUAAUAAAUGUUCCCGAGGAGAUAUUAAGGUAUUCUAGGAGCCUAGAAGAGCUACUUUUAGACUCCAAUAGGAUACAAGUUCUUCCGAAGAACUUCUUUAGACUUCAUAGACUCCGCAAACUCGGUCUAAGCGAUAAUGAAAUCAACAACUUGCCGCCAGAUAUUCAAAAUUUCGAACAUCUCGUGGAAUUGGACGUCUCCAGAAAUGAUAUCCCUGACAUCCCCGAAAGCAUCGGCCAGCUGCGUUCCCUCCGAGUCGCAGACUUCAGUUCCAAUCCCAUACCUCGUCUUCCGCCGGCCUUCAUCCACCUCAAGUCACUCAGCGUGUUGGGCCUCAACGAUAUGUCGCUCACGUCGCUGCCUCAGGAUUUCGGCCAACUUAAGUCCCUCACGUCGCUCGAACUUAGAGAAAAUCUGCUCAAGGAAUUGCCCGCUUCUCUGUCGAAGUUGACCAACCUCGAAAGACUUGAUUUAGGCGAUAAUGAAAUUGAAGAAUUGCCAUCACACAUAGGAAAACUGCCAGCACUUCAAGAACUAUGGUUAGACCACAAUCAAUUACAAAGUCUCCCUCCAGAAAUAGGCCAACUGAGCAACCUAACAUGCCUAGAUCUAUCCGAAAAUCGCCUAGAGUAUCUUCCAGAAGAUAUUGCGGGCUUGGAAAGCCUAACUGACUUACAUUUAUCCCAAAAUGUAUUAGAAACUCUGCCCGACGGCAUAGGAAAGUUAGAAAAACUUACCAUCUUGAAGGUAGACCAAAAUAGACUAACAUCUUUAAAUUCUAACGUAGGCUAUUGCCACAAUCUACAAGAACUGAUCCUCACAGAGAACUUUUUAAGCGAAUUACCCGUAGAAGUUGGAAAAUUAAUCAAACUGACGAACUUGAACGUCGAUAGGAAUAGUCUUACUUUGGUACCCGAAGACAUAGGCAAUCUCUGCGAGCUAGGCGUGUUGAGUUUGAGAGAUAACAGACUUACUAUGUUGCCGGACACUCUCGGCAACUGCCGAAGACUCCACGUGUUGGACGUUUCUGGAAACAGACUGCCUUAUCUACCCUAUACGCUUCUUCAGUUGAGCUUGAAGGCUGUUUGGCUGAGCGAAAACCAGGCACAAUCUCUACUCACCUUCCAAACUGACACUGACCCGGAUACGGGUAAGACCGUACUGACGUGUUUCCUGUUGCCACAACAAGAAUACCAACCUACGAUAGCUUCCGACGGCCGCUUUUACCACCAUCACGAUCAUGAGCUAACGCCAGGUCUUUCUAAUGGUAGUACCUUGUCCCGUACAGAUGGCGCUGCGACCGAGGACGAAGACGACGACGACUGGCGGGAACACGAAGCCAGCCGAACACACUCCGUCAAAUUCACCGAUCCGCAAGAGAAGGACAAUCGAGAGACUCCAUUUGUCAGGCACAACACUCCUCAUCCGAAAGAGUUAAAGGCUAAGGCCCAUAAACUUUUCGGAAAAGGUCAAAAUUCACUAGAGGAAAGCGAACAACAUUCCAACGACAACAGUGCAAACACGCCCGAGGCCCUCAAUCUACAUGUAAAGCAGGUUCCUGAAUCGCCACAGAUAAUUGAACCUCCUCCAACUCGGACCGACUCUGCAGUAGGUAAUGGACAAGUGGAGGAAAGUGAGCAUAGCCAUGAUGAACAUGAUGAAGACACGGAUGAGGACCACGUGACUCUUCGCCGAGUCGGAUUCGUCGGGGGCGUGUCUUCGUCGUCGGACGAACGAGACUCGUCGUCGAAACCGAGUCGACUGCACAGGCGCGACACCCCCCACCAUCUCAAGAACAAACGAAUCACGUCGGUGACCAUCGACAAAGACAAGGUGGCUUCGAUUAUUGCACAGGCCCUUAAAAGGAAAGAAGACGAAAGUGACAGGACGAGUGGCGUUUCGACCCCUCCAGGCUCAGUCUCCGGAGGCGAUCGUAGUUGUUCUUCAAGUCAAGCUGGUGAUUCAGAUGCAGCAGUAGAACUCAGAGAAGAAAAAUAUGAAAUCCACAUUGAACGCUCCCAAACUGGAUUAGGGCUAUCGAUAGCAGGCGGGCACGGCUCAACUCCUUUCAAGGGCGAUGACGAAGGCAUCUUCAUUUCCAGAGUAACCGAAGGUGGUCCGGCCGAUCUAGCAGGAUUAAGAGUAGGAGAUAAAGUCAUAACCGUCAAUAGAGUCAACGUCGUUGACGUCAGUCACUACGAUGCAGUAGAAGUCUUGAAAGCAUCAGGUCCUGUGUUGAUUCUAGAAGUAACCCGAGAAGUUACCAGGUUGGUUAAGCCUCCGAACACGAUGGUAGCAACUAAGCACAGUCCAACACCUUCUCUUACGAAUACGUUGAACAAAAGCGCAAUACCCCCUCCAUUGCCUCCUCAAUUGGAAGAAGAGGUGCCCUUACAAAAAGUAUUAGUCCAUACAACAUUAAUUAGAGACUCAAAAGGUCUCGGUUUUAGUAUAGCAGGAGGCAAAGGCUCCCAACCCUUUAAGGCUGACAAUGACGCCAUCUACAUAUCACGCAUUACCGACGGAGGAGUCGCCGAUAGAGACGCGAAGCUCUCUGUAGGCGAUAAAGUAAUAUCAAUAAACGGCGUCGACUUAACGGGGGCCUCCCACGAUCAAACCGUAAGCAUGCUUACGGGAUUGGAAAGAUUCGUGAGACUGGUGGUUGAGAGGGAAGUGCCUCUGGAGAAAAACGGCGACGAGGCUAGUCCGGGACCUCAGCAAAGUCCGAGGUUGUUUGGAUUGCCCAAGCCGUAUACGGGACUGUAUGCUGCUAAUAGUUACAUGGCUAACCGACCUGGUUACGCGGGGUAUCGAAGAUCGAUGGAACUUGAUAAAAAGACUUCUGAAUCUCCAGAGCCAGUAAAGCCUCCAACGCCCACCCAGGUGUUACAAGAAACGCCCAAAACAAACGGAAUAGACCACAGCUCGACGAGAGAAGUACCCAAGCCAGCGCCGCGUCGUAUCAACUCUACUUCCAGCGAUUCGUCCACGGCACCAAUCAAUCCUACAGCUCAAACCGCUUCCAGCGCCAAGCCACAAACCAACCACAAGAAAACCUCUUCGAAUUCCUCCCUCGAGGAUGACACCCAGGUAUUUGCGAGGCCCAUCACAAGCGAAGAGUUCCAGGCGAUGAUACCGCCCCAUUUCCUUAAACAGCCCCCUCCCGCCAAAACCUCCCCCACCCCCACCGCGACUACUCCUACCGGGUAUGAUAGUCACGCGAAUUCCGUCACGACGGUCACGAUAAAACGACCGGAACCGCCUAUCGAGCUGCCCCCCUCGCCGAAGGGGCCGGGGCGAGUCACCGAGACCAUUACCAAGAGUACCUUUACCGAAACUGUGGUCACUAGGAUAACGGACAAUAAGUUGGUAGAGCCACUGAUUAUAGAGGACGUUACGUUAAGUAAAUUAGGAGGAUCCUUAGGUUUCAGUAUUAUAGGAGGUACAGAUCAUUCCAGUAUUCCAUUCGGAUCCAAGGAACCGGGAAUUUUCAUCUCACAUUUGGUUCCUGGUGGUAUAGCUGCUAAAAGUGGUAAACUCAAAGUUGGUGACAGAAUUUUAAAAGUCAAUGGCACAGACGUCACUCAUGCUACCCAUCAAGAAGCUGUUAUGGAGCUUCUAAGACCUGGAGAUCAAAUUUCGCUUACAAUUAGGCACGAUCCAUUGCCCGAAGGAUAUCAGGAAUUGUUUAUUGAAAAAACAGAUAACGAAAAACUUGGCAUGCACAUAAAGGGCGGUCUUCAGGGUCAGCGAGGUAAUCCUCUGGACAGAUCGGACGAAGGUAUUUUCGUAUCGAAAAUCAACUCUGUGGGGGCAGCAAGGCGAGAUGGAAGACUCAAAGCUGGCAUGAGAUUAUUAGAAGUUAAUGGAAAAUCAUUAUUAGGUGCAACUCAUCAGGAAGCUGUUAAUGCUUUAAGAGCUUGCGGAAACAUGAUUCACAUGGUAGUUUGCAAAGGAUAUGAUAAAGGUGAUAUAGACAGAGCAGUCCAUGAGGGCAGAUUGACAAGAGGAGGGUCCGUUAGCAGUCGUUCGCAGAGCGUUAGCUCUUUAGACGUACCAGAAGACGACCUACAGGACUUGAAAGUAAAAUCUGAAUUGCUUCAGUUGGAAAAGGAUGAAGUUGAGAAGCGAUUACAGCCGAUCCAUCAAGAAGAAGAGGAAUUUUCUUUAGUAGAAGCAAAACCACCUUCUCCUGCGGAUAAGGUUUUAGACGUGGUAAGAGCAGUAGAGACUCUAGCACACGGUCCGAUGGAAAAUUCAGUUCCUCCAAAGUCUCCAAAUUCGGAACUAAAAACUACUACGAUAGUUAUGAGCAAACAUACGCUAGCACCUCAACCUACCACUGACGAGCUAAUGCAUGUCUCUACGCUACCGAAAACGACACAGCCUAAAGUGGAUGUGGAAACAGAAAGCAAAAGUCACUCUAUUGACAAUGAACAGCAUGCUUCCGUCACUAAAGAUACUGAUAACGAUUCUUUACAAAACGUGAUCCCACCUCCUUCCAUCUAUUCUGAAUGUGAACCUAACAAUAAUGUAUCUAAUAUGUACUUUAACAAUCAACAUGUACCUACCAAUGUAACAUACUCGAUACCUCAACCGGUAGUUACUAGUGACUUUAAUUCCAACACGUUUUCGUUCAACGUUCCACCUAAUGAGAAUCAGUUCCAUAUUAACGUCUACAACACUAUACCUCAGCUACAACCACAAGCAUUUAGAUAUGAUUACGUUCCUAAUUUUACUGAUAUACCAAUCGUUCCUUCUCCUGAUUCUAGUCUUACAUAUAUGCUUGAAGAUUCUCAAAUUAUCAAAGUUCCACCGCCCCCUCCUAUGGACUUCGACGAUUAUUCCAUAAAAUCCGAUUCACCUCCUCCUUUACCAUCCACUUCCCCUCCUCCCCUGCCAAAAUCUCCACUACCUACAGAAGACGACGACAUUGUAUCCACAACCGAAAAAGUUCUGGAAACUUCAGUUCAAGUCUCAACAACUACAACCAUAAAUCCAACUAAUAAACAUCAUGUAACUAUUACAGAAGAAGAAGAAGUUACAGAGUAUACAGAACCACCUAUAGGAGCGCUGAAGAAAAUUGUAGCCAGCUUAAGAGACGACAUCGUAGCUCAUACCACUGUUCCAGGAGAUGUAGAGGUUUGUGUUACCGCUCCAACAGUAGUGCAAACACAAGUCAGUAGAACAGUUGAUUUGUCUUCUCCAACAAUAGAAAAUACUGAUAAACAAAUCAGUCAACUUUGUACAAAUAUACACGAUGCUUUGCAGGCAGCUACUAAUAUAGAUCGAACAAUAGAACAAACUAACAGAAUGUUUGUAACUAGUUUGACCGAAACAGAUCGGAUUAUUUCUUCUAAAAAACAUGUAUCAUAUCUAACUGAUGACUCAGACAACAUCGAAGUAUCUAUCAUCCCUUCAGACCAAGGAAUGUUAAGGAAACCAAAAGAUGAUCAAUUAAAACCAAACAACGAAUCAGAAUCGAUCAAUAGGAAAUUUGUAAGAAGUUGGGUAGAAACGGAAGAAAGGACGUCUUCACUUCCAGCAAGAAAACUUGUCACUAGCUUGAUAAUCGAUACACCCUCAAACGAAAAGCAACAAGUGCAAUAUUCCCAAAUCAUAGCACCUACACCAUUCAAAAUAACAAAACAAAUUUCCCAAACAUCUGAACCUCGUUCACCUACCACUCCAACCAGACGAAUUGCUCGACCUCAAGUCCCUCCCCCACCAGUACCCAUCGCUAAACUAGCUUCACCUCCCCAAAUUCAAGCCAAGAAAAUUCCACCCCCAGUACCUGCCAAGAUUUCUAAAUUGAACCCUGCUCGCAGUGAAAAUGAUUUAUUAGACCCUGUUGGUUCUGUCAAAAAAAGCAACCAGUCCGCUAGACCUGUUUCUUUUGUAUUUUCUGAUAAAAAGGAUUUGGGAUUCGUUAGCGGAAAUUUAGGGAAGUAUGGUACUGUGGCAAAGCCUCCACAAUCUCCCCAACACAAUGCUCCCAAGCAGUCGGUGAGCGAUAGAAAGAAAUUUUUCGAAUCGGCGAUGGAAGAGAGCCAAAAACCUUCUAAACCAGAAAAAGUCUUUAGCUAUCUUAGUGCGGACGAAUUAGAGAAGUUAAAAGCAGAAGAAGAGAGAAAAAUUGCAACACUUUCAGCUUCCGAUAUUAAUUCCUUACAUUCUUUACACGAAUUGGAUCAUUCUGAUGGAGAAUCAGCUGAAUCACAACGUUCAAGGCCUUCGAGUACUAUCGGUAUAGUACGUACAGCAAAGGCAGAACGACGUCUGAGAGAUCAACUUCGAGAAGAAGGACUUUUGACCGACGAAGACGAUCCUCCCCUCUCACCAGCCGAAGAACGCGCCCUCCGAGCCGAAAAGAGAGCUGCCUGGAGAGCUGCCAGACUCAAGUCCCUCGAACACGAUGCCAUGCAAGCGCAGAUGGUCAUCAAGAGUAUGACGGAUAUUGUUAGAUCCGGGGAAGUACCCAUGCCUAUAACGACAGAAAUUAGUGAUACAGACGGGCUUCCACAAACAAAUGAGUUACGUCCCUCGAGUGCCGAUUUCCCCAAGCUGGCCGUGAGGACGAAACCCGGCAACACGACCGUUAGAGAGAGCGAGAAGGUGUUGGGAGAAACGAUUACGAGAAAGACGGAGGAAUACAUCGACGAAAACGGCGAGAAACGAGUGAGAACUGUGGAGUACGUAGAGAAGCUGAUUGAGAGAGAGGUGGAACAAAUCCAAGAAAAAAUCAUAUCACUAGAAUUAACGAAAUACGACGACGUUCUGAAGCCGCAGUCCCUUAAACUAGACCAGGACGAAAACGAUAUCGAAGAGGAAGAAUCAGUAUCCGAAGUAUCUGAACCUCCCACUCCUACGACGGAUCAGGAGAAAACCCUCGAAUCCGCCGAUGGAGCCACGAACAAAAGACGAAGACGGAAAAGAUCCAAAAAGGGAAAACACUAGUGAAUAAAAGCGAACAUUUUUAAUCUCUUGUAAAAAGUAGAAUUUUUUUAUCUGUAAGUUGAGAAUUGGCAACAUUGGAAAUUUUGAAAAAUGCACUACUUACUUUCUAUUCCUACGGAGUGAGUUUGAUGUAUGGAACGCAUCAAUUAUCUUGGAAUCAUCUUGUACGAUUUUUAUAGAUUUUUGUUUGUAAACGGCUUGUAAUGCGACCGACAUUAUAGUGGUAUUUACAUUGUUGUAAGAUCUUCCGAUUUUCUGGAAAUCUAAGGAACUUUCUUAUUUUAAAUGGUAUACCCUAUAUAUAUUGUGCCUUUUGAAGUCAUUAAGAAAUACUCAUUAUUUUUCAUCCAAUGCUCCCUAUACCUAAAUGUCAUAAUUACGGAGUUAUUACUACAUUUAAAUUAUCUUUGCCGAAGUUAAUACAUUUAGAUGAAUAAGAUGAUAUGAAAAUAUAAUUGGUAUUUCUUAAUUACUUCAAAAGGCAAAAAAUAUACAGGGUGAUCUAUUCGAAAUAAGAAAUUUCGUUAAUUUCCAGAAAAACGGAAGAUCUGACGACAAUGUAAAUAAUCAAUAUAAUAUUGGCCGCAUUAUAAGACCCUUACACACAAAAAUCGUGCAAGCCGUUUCCGAGAUAAUUGAGCCGUUCCAUAAUUAAAACUCAUUUUGUAUAUUUUAAAAAUUGCCGUGUUGUGAACUCGUCAGUCUGUAUUUUCUCAUGAAUUGUUUCACCAGGGUGGAAGGGAUUUUUAAAUGUUAAAAUUAUAUUUAAAAUAUAUUUCUAAAUUAUUUUUAUUGUACAAAAUAUUUAUAGAUCUUAAAUAUUUUUAUUACGAUGAAUUUAUCGAUGUAUGUAUAAACAACUUUCCAAGGCUUUUUUUAUAUUGUAUAAUGGAGACUGUGUAGCCGCCAUCUUCUAUUUUAUUGUUUAUUCAUUACUAACUAUAUUAUGUUUCUUGUAUGUGGAGGACGGCUGCGCAGAUGUUGAUAUAGCGAAUGGGACAAUAUAUUAUAUACAUGUAACUAAUAUAAUACGAAAGUGCUUUGGAAAAAACAAUUCCACGUUUUUAAUAAAUGACUAUAUAUUUU